AUGACUGGGCAGGACAGGACUGGGCAGGACAGGACUAUGCAGGAGAGAGCUGGGCAAAAGAGGGCUGGGGAGAAUAGGGCUGGGCAGGAGAGGACUGGGCAGGAGAGGACUGGGCAGGAGCGGGAUGGGCAGGAGAGUCAUGGGCAGGAGGGGACUGGGCAGGAGAGGACUGGGCAGGAGAGGGCUGGGCAGGGGACGACUGGGCAGCAGAAGACUGGGCAACAGAGGACUGGGCAGGAGAGGACUGGGCAGUUGUGGGCUGUUCAGGGGACGACUGGGCAGCAGAAGACUGGGCAGCAGAGGACUGGCAAGGAGAGGACUGGGCAGAAGAGGACUGGGCAGGAGAGGGCUGGGCAGGAGAGGACAGGGCAAGAGAGGACUGGGCAGUAG